CAUUGAUUACAUCUCUCACGUGAAGUUGUAAAAGGGAACCGAAAACCCUUAACUAAGAAGCAUCUUCAUUUGGUGGUUUGAUUAUUUCUAGGGUUUGCUGAAACGGGGUGAAGAGAUACGUUCAGAUCCAGAUCUGUUAGAGUGAAUUCAAGUGGAGGUUCACUAAUGGCUUCCAAAUUGGUAAUGAUUGUGGUCUCUGUUCUUGAUCUGAUUGCAUUCGGUUUGGCUGUUGCUGCUGAACAAAGGAGAAGCACUGCUAGAGUACAACAAGAUCCUGAAAAGGACUACAACUACUGUGUCUAUGAUUCAGAUAUUUCAACCGGCUAUGGGCUUGGUGCGUUUUUCCUUCUCUUGGCUAGCCAAAUUCUUAUAAUGGUGGUUAGCCGAUGCUUCUGCUGUGGGAAGGCUUUGAACCCUACUGGUUCAAGAGCCUGUGCAGUUCUCCUCUUCAUCUUCUGCUGGAUCACAUUCAUCAUAGCCGAAGCAUGCUUGCUUGCUGGUUCAGUGAGGAAUGCAUACCACACCAAAUACAGGACCAUAUUCAGCGAAGAAGGACCAUCAUGUGAGACAGUAAGGAAGGGAGUCUUUGCAGCAGGAGCGGCUUUUGUAUUCUUAUGUAGCAUAGUCUCUCAGUUCUACUAUGCAUCCUACUCGAAGGCCAGGGGAGCCUUCCAACCAUACGGUGGUGAAGCCAAUGUCGGCAUGGGAGCAUAUAAAUGAACCAGGUACCGGUUGGAUCCUGUUUCUACGUUCACAUAAGUAUUGUUUUAGGUGUUAAGUCUGUUGGAUGAGCUUGUGUAUGUGAAGUACAUGUUCCAAUUUUUUGGUGUUUCAAUGCUACUAAGACAUAUUAGGGGUUGUUCGUUCAGUUGGUUUUUUAUUAAGUCUUAUAUGGAUAAAGUUGUCUAUGGAUUAAUAAUGUCUGUAUAGAUUAAAAAGGGUUUGCUUGGGAGGGUUGUUUUAUAGAUGGAAGGAACGUAUAUUUGAAUUGGGAUGGAUGGGUUUG